AUGCAUCUUACCGUGUGUGGAGGUCGGCGUGGUCUGUGCGACGCGAUGCGGCCAGCUAGUGGUUCUGACCUUCUUAGAUACCUGAGGAAGGUCAAUUUUACUGGUCUCAGCGGUGACGAGUUCCACUUUGAUGCUAAUGGCGAUGGACCAGCUCGCUACAACAUCCUCCACUUCAAGCAGGUGGCCAAAGGCGUAUACCACUGGGUAAAGGUGGGGCAGUACUUGGAUGGAGAACUUCAACUUCAUAUUAACGAAAUUCAAUUCAAAUGGGGAGAAAGGAAACCACCAGAGUCUGUCUGCAGCGCUGAAUGUGACCUGGGUCAAGCCAAGCAGUAUGUGGAAGGAGAAAGCUGUUGCUGGCAUUGCUUUAACUGCACGCAGUAUGAGAUCCGGUCCCCAUUUGUGGAGACGGCGUGCAUGGUUUGCCCGCGCGGGACCCUGCCCGACCUCACGAGGACUAGCUGCCGGCCGAUACCAGAAGUAUACCUUCGACCCGACUCCGCGUGGGCCAUCGGAGCUAUGUCAUUUUCAUCUGUGGGAAUAUUGUUGACGGCAUUUGUCUACGGUGUAUGGGUGAGACAUAGUUCUACUCCAGUAGUCCGCGCUAGUGGAAGAGAACUGUCUUACGUUCUUCUAGCUGGUAUCCUCAUGUGCUACUUGGUUACCUUCGCGUUGGUGUUCAGACCGACAGACAUGCUGUGCUCUUUGCAAAGAUUCGGGACUGGCUUCUGUUUCACCGUUGUGUACGCGGCCUUACUCACGAAGACCAACAGGAUAUCCCGGAUAUUCAACGCAAGCAAACACUCCGCUAAAAGGCCGAUUCUCAUCUCUCCUAGCUCACAGCUGGCGAUAUGUGCUGCUCUUGUGUCUAUACAGGUGUUAAUAGUAGUGGUAUGGAUGAUAGUGGCACCAGCAAAAGCCAUGUACCACUAUCCAACACGGGAGGACAACAUGCUCGUAUGCGAUUCUUAUGUGGACGCGUCCUAUAUGAUAGCGUUCUUCUAUCCCAUUGUGUUGAUCAUCGUCUGCACGGUAUACGCUGUUCUCACAAGGAAGAUUCCAGAAGCAUUUAACGAAAGCAAACACAUAGGCUUCACGAUGUACACGACUUGUGUGAUCUGGCUUGCCUUCGUCCCGCUGUACUUCGGAACCGCCAGCCACGUGCCACUCCGAAUCACCAGCAUGGCUGUUACUAUUUCUCUCAGCGCGAGCGUCACUCUCGUUUGCCUAUUUUCCCCAAAGCUGUACAUAAUCCUGAUACGACCGGAAAGGAACGUCCGUCAGAGCAUAAUGCCGGUCCGGUAUAGCCGGAAACCAAUCGCACAACCCAUGCCACUCCCAGCUACCAAAAAACCACCAUGUGCUGAUAAAGAAACGCAAACAUUGGCAGCGGACUUCAACAAACUGACAAACGGCCAGACGAUUCAGCUAAAGUCCGCUGGGACUGAGAAAGAAGAUAAGAAAAAGGAGAAGACUGGUGUGAAAAUCGCUGACAAUCGCGAACGAGUCGAUAAGAAGGAAAAGUCAAACGAUCGACCGGACUCUUUAUAG